CGGGGCCGGGGCGAACCGGGGUGGGGGAAGAAACCGACUUCUCGGUAGAAAUUUUUUUGCAACAAUUUGGCACCAAACGAAACAACCCAAAUCGCGUUUAUUUAUUAAGAAGAUAAAGUAAGCCCAGCCGACCGAAACUGCCCCGGUGAGAGAUAAAAAACGGAAUAAAUGAGCACAAAUGUCAGCGGAUUUCUCUGUUACAGUCAUUUUAAAGCUUAAAUCGAGAAGAUAAGACAUUCGGCUGUGUUCGUCAUUCAUGCUGCGCCGAAAAUGUUGGCAUAUAAACCGCAGCUAACCCUAUGACGCCUUUCUUUCUUUCUGUCGCCUGUCCUUUAAAUAGAGAGGUAUGCAACAUUUAAAUAAAACCCGCCGGUCUAUUAGAUAGCGCUUAUUUACUUAGUAAUCGCUAAUCGUGCAGAACAAUAAGCUCAGAUAGCCCAAGUAGCCUAAAAUAGUGGUAUAUAAGUAUUGCAAAUUGACAAUCAAGGAAGAAUACAGCGAGAUCACUUUGGGUCACCAUUGCUCCACGGCUGCAGUCCGGAUACACGGUUCAGGGAUAUCGGCUUUGGCACAAAAAGCUUCUCACUGGGCUUUCAAAGAUUGAUGUGAAGCUCGUAUUGGAAAGAAAAACGACCUCCGAGUCGGUUGGAUUAAGAGUCUCUGAUUCUACUCCAGACACCACGUUUCCAUGGAGGCAAGUUCGUCCCUAAGCCUCAAACGAAGAUAUGAAGAGGUGGACAACAACUCUCCAUUCUCUACACCUAAGGACUCUGAUGAUGACAUCUCCAGUAGUGACAGUGCUGACAGCUGCGACAGCCUCAACCCUCCAUCCAGCACUGCAUUUACCCCCACCUCCAUCCUCAGGCAGCACAAGCCAUCGCUGGGGGGGAAACGGGUGCGUUUUGAUUUGGUGACGGUGUAUUACUUCCCCCGGCGGCAGGGCUUCACCAGCGUGCCCAGCCAGGGGGGCAGCUCCCUAGGCAUGGCCCGUCACCACUGCUCCAUCAGACACUACACGCUGGGUGAGUUCGCACGUGAACAGGAAACUAGUCACCGGCACACUUUGCGGCAGCACCUGCGACAGGAGAAGCUCAAGGCUCGCAAGAUGAAGCUGACAAGGAACGGCACGGUGGAGUGUGCUCAGGCCGACCUGCUCACUCUGGAUGACGUAUCGGAUGAAGACCUCGAUGUGGAUGCCGUCGAGGUAGACGACUGUUUUUUCCUUCAGCCGCUGCCAACAAAGCGCCGUCGAGCCCUCCUGCGAGCCUCCGGCAUCGCCCGCAUAGAUGCUCGUGAGAAGGCGGAGCUCCGAGCCAUCCGCCUCUCCCGGGAGGAGUGUGGCUGUGAUUGCCGUUUGUACUGUGACCCUCGUCACUGCGGCUGCAGCCAGGCGGGGAUUAAGUGCCAGGUGGAUCGAAUGUCUUUCCCGUGUGGCUGCUCGAGGGAUGGCUGUGGCAAUGUCGCGGGGCGCAUUGAGUUCAACCCCCUGCGUGUCAGAACUCAUUACCUGCACACCAUCAUGAAGCUGGAUUUGGAGAAAAGGAGGAUGCUAAUACAAGGAACUGGGGACCAGUAUGCUGAAUCCGACCCAAUGUCUUCCCCAUCCUCCCUUUGCCCUACAUCCCCGACCUUAUCAUCCAUCACUGGCCUGGACUCUGAGCUGGAGGAGAGCGAGGUGCAGUCGGUUGAGGAGGUUCAGGGUCUCCUGGUGGAGCAGGAUAUACUGGAGCGAGAAAAUGAGACAGCAGUGCUGCACUUGCAGAGUGCAGAGGAGCAGGAAAGGAGGGAAAGGGAGGAGGCAGAGGGAGAGGCAGUGCAGCAGGAGCUGAAUGCUGGCGGUCUUACAGAGCAGCCUCUCUGCAUCCUACCCAGCACCUUGGGAGGGGAGCUACAUGAGCAAACAGAAGUGUCAGGUGUGGAUCAGGUCCUGCUGCAGGGUCCUUUCCCCACUGGGACUACAGUGUUGUGCAUCUCUGAAAGCCAGGAGGAGAGCCCCUCUGAUCUUCUCAAAGACUCCACCUCUCUGCUCUACUAUCAGCUCAGCUCCAUAGAGCCUAGAGCCUUUGAAACACUGCCCAGAGCAGAGGAAGAUGAACAGGAGAAGCAAUCUGUGAAUGAACAGGAAGCAGAAGGAACAGAGUUUGUAGAAAAGAAACAAGUAAAAGUGGAGCUGAAAGAUGAUAAGCAUGAAGACAACGCCAGCAAACAGAGUGUGGAUGAAUCUUUGACCAAUGAGGUUCUGGGCUCAGAGGACUGUGCAGCAGAAAUGGAGGAGAGGCCUGCAAGUCCUCGGCAAAACGUCCCCCAAGAGCAGUGCCAAGAGGAGCCCUGCUCAGAGAAAGAAGUCAAUCCACUGCCUCCAGAAGUUUAGAAUUGGCUGCAGAUAUUUUGCACAAUAGCUUCAUCUAAGAUGAGUAAAUGACAUAGUUCACAUUUAUUACUUGCAUCAUCAAGAAUGACUUCAAGUUGCAAUCUCCUAUAGUGACUGUCAUUAAAUCAUGUGCAGAAUCAGCUUGAGUAUUACAAUAAAUGAGAGAGGCGAGGUGCUGAAAGCACAUACACAUCCCUCCCAGAGGUAAUAUGAAUGCAGUUAUGAAAGGCAACAUUGUAGAUAUGUCUGUUGAAUGGGGGAGCGAUGAAAGAGGCCUUAAUGGAAAAACAUAAAAACACUUGUGUAGAAGAUGAUAAGGAGUACAGCAAGUUAGUGCUUUGUUAAUUCCAACGCAGCAAACAGAAAACACAGCGUGUGAAAGCUGACAUGAGCCUUUUGUCUGGUGAUGUAUAAAGCAUCAACACUAAACACAAACUGUUUUGCAGUGUGCAAGAUGCUGGUGUAUUUAGGUACUUGCUGGCUCACUUUUCAUUACAGUGAACUUGUGCUGUAGUCAAGCCAAAUGAAGGCCUCUGAUAAUACUCUGCUAAAUAUAGACCUAAUAAUCCUGGAAAUACUUGUUUUUGUGUACUGUAUAUGCACUUGCAAUGUGCAAGAGAGCUGCUUUUUUUUUUUUUUUUUUGACCUGUGUGCUCAUUGUGAAGUGGAGGCAGCGAGUGUUGUGGCUCUGCUGCACCGAGACAUGAAGGUAAACCAACACAGAGCAGCAGACUAGCGCUGACCUUAACUGUUGCUCUCGCUCACCUGGACUGCUCAUACACGCACAGUUGAUUCUUCAAAGUAAAUAAGCAGGUUACUUUUGGCUGCGGUGCAGACAACAUCAUUUUUUUUGAGUGACAGGUUGCGUGGAUUAGACGCAGAUGAUUUUUGAAGUUGACGUUCUUGCAGUUUGUUGUUUUUGGAAUGAAAGGAAAUAUUUCUUUCACACAUGGUCGGUCGCGAUGGGUUUUUGAUGAGUAGAUCUUCAUGGUCCUUUUCAAACGCGAUGCAGAGGAAAGAGCAAAUUCUGAAUCGAGCCAAAUUUCUUAUGAAGCAUUAAAAAGAUUCAAAAGAAAAAAAAAACUGCAGCAUGUGCUGUUAAAAGUACUUCAACAGAUCAUGCAAUGUUAGUAAUUUAUGGAUCAGAUUUACAACAAGCUGAUUUUAUAUGUAUGGAAUGUGUGUGCUUGUGUGUAAACCUACUUUAAAUGUGUAUGUCAAUGUUAGAGAGAGAGAAGUGUGUUUGCAUCUGUGUGCAUGCACAUGUGUAUGUACUUUAUUAGUAAGGACACAUAUUUUCAACCCGAAAGGUGCUGAUGUUACAGAUUCACAGUUUACUGGUUUAUUUCACUCCAAUCAUGAGAAAUGACUUCACAGUGUUUCUGUACUGGAAAGCCUCUUACUGGACCACAAUAGCUACCACACUAUAAAAAUCAUAAAUGUGAUUAUGAAAUGAGGUGUUUAGUGAUUGAGUAUGUAAACGCAAAUGUAUAACAUUUCUGGUCUUUAAAUGUCUUUUUAAAGCUCUGAUUAUUGCUGAUCUGCAAAAGUGAGCUGACACUUCUUACACAAAAUCAGUCCUUUGUUUUGUUGCCUAAAAUUCCUGCUGUUGCCACUGGCAACAACUUGCCUAACACAGGAUGUGCUGCUGUGUAUGAGCUGUCUGAUGUAUUUUUUUGCCUUUCUUUUUUUUUUCUUCUUUCUAAAUUGUCUUCAUAUAAUCCUGCUAAAUAGCUGCAACAAAGCAGUGGUUUCAAACCUAAUUAAAUGAUGCUUUCAUCCAUCAGGUUUUAACAAA